CCACGCACCCCCUCCUCCCCCGCCCCCCCCCACGCCCCGGCCGCCACCGCCGCCGCACCCGCCCCCGCCCGCCCCACCCGACGCCGCCCCCCCCGCCGCCCCGCCGCGCCCGCGCGCCACCGCCAAACGCCGCCACCGGACCGCCGCGCCGCCGACGCGCCGCGCCGCAGCACCACAGCCCACCCGCCACCGCGCCCGCACGCCGCGCGCCCCCAGCGCCACCCGCCGCCCCCACCAGCCACCGCCCCACGCGCGCCUCGCCCGCCGCCCGCCCCAGCCGCCACGCCGCCCCCGCCAGGCCGCCGCGGCGGCCAGCCGCCGCCCCACACGAGCGCACGGCGCACCCGCCCAGCCGCCGCCCGCCGGGCCCGCCGCGCCCCCGCCCCGCCGCCGCCCCCCCCAGCCCGCGCGCCGCCGACGCCCCGCCCCCAGCCCGACGCCGCGCCCCCAACGCGCCCGAACGCGCCUCAGCACAGAACGCCCCAGCGCCACCCGCCCACCCCGACUCGCCCCGCCCGCCGCCCUCGCCCGCCCCGCCCACACCCGCCACUCGCCCACCCCCCCGCCAGCCGCCGCCGACGGCGGCGCCGCCCGCCCGCCCCCAGCCGCGCCGCCCCCGCCCGCCACGCCCCACCCGGCUCCCGCGCCCCGCGACGCCACCGCCGCCCGACCGCCCCCGCCGCACCGACGCCCGCCGCCCGCCGCCCGCGCCCCCGCAACGCGCGCCGCGCCCACCGCGCCACCCCAGCGCCACCCCGCCCCGCCAGCCCGCCGCCAGCCCCAGCCGCCACGCCCGCGCCGCCCCACCCACGCCGCCCCGACACGCCCGCCGCUCCGCACGCGCCCGCACGCCGGCCGCGCGCAGCCCGACACGCCGCGCGGCGCCACGCCCGCCGCCCGCCCCGCCCACCCGCGCCCGGUACGCCCGCACUCCGCCCGCGCACCCCCCGCCGGCGCCGCCCGCGCGCGCCCACGAGCCCGCGCCAGCACGGGCCGCGCAGCCCACGCCGCCCCACCAACCACGCCCCGCCCACGCCAGCCAGCGCCGCACGCACGCCCGCGCCGCCGCCGCCCCGCCCCCACCGCGCGCGCCGCCCGCCACCGCGCGCCCGCCCGCCCCGCGCGCACGCCCGCCGGCCACGCCGCCCGCACGCCCGCCGCCGGCGCGCCCCAGACCCGCACAGCCGCCCGCCCCGCCAGCCCCGCCGACCCCGCCGCCGCCGCCCGCCCCGACCGCCCCGCAGCGCCGCCCGCGCCCAGCCACCGCGCCCACGGCCACGCGACGCGCUCCGCACGGCCCAGCCACGCCCAGCCGCCCCGCCCGCAGCCCGCGCGCACACGCCCGCCCACCAGCCACCGCCCACCCGACGACUCACCCGCCACCCCCGCCACGCCAGACGCCCAGCCCCCGCGGCCCACCGCCCGCCCACCCGCUCUGGGCGCGCGCCCGCACGGCGCCGCACGCCGGCCAGCCCACGCACAGCCGUUCCCGCCCGCCAGCACGCCCCGCCCGCCGCGCCCCGCCGGCGCCCGCCGCACGCCCGCCGCGCCACACCGCCGGCCCGCCCCCGCGCGCCCGCGCCACCCAGCACACCCCGCAGGCCCCGCGCCGCCCCCCACCAGCCAGUCGACGCGAGCGGCCCGCACCCGCGCAGCCUGAACGCACCGACCCGACCCGCCAGCCCGCACGCGGCCCCGCCCCGCGCCACAUCCCCCCCCUUGGGGGCAACAUGGCAUGA